AUGACGACGACGUUCACCGUGGUAAACAACAACUCGUUUUUGUCGAGUUUAGGAGGAGGAGGAGUAUUCUUAGGAGGUGAAAGAGGACGACUUUUGAUGCGUUCUCGUUCGCGGGGAAAACAUUAUUCGAUGAGGAUGAUGGAUAACGAGAAUAAGAUGAAGAUGAAGACGACAAAGACGACGACGAUGAUGGAAAACACAAACGAAAACGAGCAAAAAAGGAAAGUGAGAAGAGAAAGAAGCGAGAGGAAAAGGAAACCGAGCGUAACCUGCAAAGCAACAACCAACGCCUUCCAAAACAAUCACGUGUUUUCAGCAGCAGCAGCAACCGGAGGAGGAACAACCAAGCUAUGGUCGGGAAACCCGAACGACGUGUCUCUUUUGGCCAUCCUCCGAUGCAUCGCGUUUACUUUAUGGACUUUUUCGUUAGCCGUCCCUUUGUUUCUUACGAUGUGUGUGAUCUUUCCAUUUUGUUACUUUUUGGACCGAACUCGACGAUACGCGUUAUCGUUCGUGAACGACGUGUGGGCGAUAUGCUCGACUUCGCCGUUUGUGAAAAUCACCGUCGAAGGUAGAGAACAUUUACCGAAACAAGACGAACCGGCGGUAUACGUCGCGAAUCACGCGUCGUUUAUGGAUAUUUUCAGUUUGUUUCACUUGAAACGACCGUUUAAGUUCAUCUCCAAGACGAGUAACUUUAUCAUUCCAAUCAUCGGUUGGAGCAUGUUUUUAACCGGCCACGUCCCUCUGAAACGCACCGACCGAAGGUCGCAAAUGGAAACGUUGAAGAUUUGCCGAGAGACGUUACAGAAGAACGGUUCCGUCUUGUUCUUCCCAGAAGGCACGCGAUCAAAAGACGGAACCAUGGCAGAGUUUAAAAAAGGCGCGUUUUCCGUCGCCGCCAAGGAGAAAGUUCCAAUCGUUCCAAUCACCAUCGUCAACGCCGGCGGAAUAAUGCGAAACGGUAAAGAGUGGAUGUUAAGAAAAGGCGAGAUUAAAGUCAUCGUCCAUCCAAGAAUCGAAGCGAGCGAAAACGCGGACGAGUUGUGCCAAAAAAGCGAGAACGUUAUCAAAGAAGCGCUCGUGAAUAACAGUUAG